AAGCUUUAUUUCUAACUAGAAGCAAAAUCAAAGCAAUUGCUUUCGGGAAUAUCUAUUUGUUGUUGAAAGAUAAGAGAACAUGGGGAAAGCACAUAAGAAUGUGGGUGCAGUUGUAAUGAUAUUUGUUUUGGUGAUAGGGAUAGCAGAAUGUCGAAACUUGAAAGAAGACGAAGUAGUCUCUGGAGUUGGAGCAGUUGGAAGAAACUAUGUUGUUGGAUUUGGAGAUGGAAGAGGUGGUUUUAUCGUAUCAGAACCAGCAAGCGGGUUAGGAGCUGGAGUUGGAGCAAGUGGGAAUGCAGUCGGAAAAAAAUUUCAUGUCGUAUCAGAACCUGCAAGCGGGUUAGGAGCUGGAGUUGGAGCAGUUGGAAGAAAUUUUCAUGUCGUAUCAGAACCAGCUGGAGUUGGAGCAGUUGGAAGAAAUUUUGUUGUCGUAUCAGAACCUGCAAGCGGGUUAGGAUUCAGCAGUGCUGCCAGUGUGGGUCAAGGAAUUACCGGUGCCACUGCUGGUGGUGGUGGUCUUUGAAUUCAUCUAUUAUGAUGCGUGCAGUGUAAUGCUUUUUCUUUUCUUUUUAAUAAUAUACCAUUCACUGUAAUGCACUAAUAUAUGGAACCCAAUACGUAAUACAAAAUAAGCCUUCAUCUCUCAUCA